AUGGUGUCUCACUACAUUUUCAAUAAUUUUGAAAAAUCUAAUUGUUUCAAUUAUUUCGACCAAAUCUUUAGUAAAAUGUUGAAGUUAUACACUGCUGGAAUUAAAAUUUUCAAUUUUCAAAAAAAGGGAGAUAUUUUUUUUCGACAAAAAACAACUACGCCUUUGGAUACGUACUUUAAUCAUUAUAUAUCUUUACCAUUACCAAAAGAUAAAAUAUUAGCAUCUUACGUGUGGAUUGAUGGAAGUGGCAUAACAAUGCGCUCCAAGGAUAGAGUAUUAGAAAAACUGCCUUGCGAACUUUCUUCAGUGCCUAAGUGGUCUUUCGACGGUAGUUCUACAGGACAAGCUAAACCUAAAGAUUCAGACACAGUAUUGAUACCAUCUGCAGUGUAUCGUGAUCCAUUUCGUAUGGAUCCUCACGUAAUAGUACUAUGUGAGACGUAUUAUGGAGACGGUACACCGACUGCUACUAAUCACAGAGCUAAUUGUGCAAAGAUACUAAGUAAAAUAUCAAACCUAGAACCUUGGUUUGGUAUAGAACAAGAGUAUACAAUGUUCGAUUUUGAUAUGUGGCCCAUAGGUUGGCCUAAAUGCAGAGGCUAUCCUACAACGAAAUCUCUUUUCUCUUACUGUGGCGUUGGUGAGCACGUUGCUGGGAGAGAAAUCGCGGAGUGCCAUGCAAGAGCUUGCAUUUAUGCUGGUCUGGAUUAUGCGGGAUCGAAUGCUGAAGUGAUGAAAGGUUCAUGGGAGUAUCAAGUAGGCGCGACUUUAGGAAUUAAGGCUGCUGAUGAUUUAUGGCUUGGACGAUAUAUCCUAAAUAGAAUAGCAGAGCAUUUUGGAGUCAUUAUCAGUUAUCACCCAAAACCGAUGGGAAAAGACCAGCCAGGUAUUGGAUGUCAUCAUAAUUUCAGCGUAAAAACAAUGCGUAGCGAUGGAGGGUUAACGGAAAUUGAAAAAGUGUGUAAUAUUUUAUGUGAACGACACACUAGUCUUAUUAAGAAUUAUGGUCUCAUGGAUGGAGAAGAAAACAGAAAAAGACUAACAGGUAAAUUUGAAACUGCAGCAUACGAUUCAUGUAGAUGGGCUGUCGCAGAUCGAGGCGCAUCUGUCAGAUUACAAAGAAACGUUGUAGCAAAUAAAAAAGGAUUUCUCGAAGAUAGACGACCUGCUGGCGAUUGUGACCCAUACAGAAUAUGCGCUCUCCUUGGAGAAAUAUAUGUAGAAUAGUUUAAAAAAGUUUAAAUAAUUUUCUAAUAUUCUGGCUGGUCUAUACAAUUAAAAAACACAAUCCUUUUCGAAAAUAGAAUAUACCAUUAAAUAAAAUUAUUGGACAUAA